AAAAAAAACACAACUAAACACACUCACAAAUAUGUCCACUUAUAAAGACGCCUCUGAAGCUGUUCUCUAUGAUAAGAAUGGUUUGCCAAUCUAUGGUAUGGAUUUGGAAUUGUACAAGAAACAAGCCGGUAAAUACGAUUCUGACAAGGAAAGAGAAGUUCAACAAUGGAUCGAAUCUGUUGUUGGUGAAAAAUUUGCUUCCAACGAUUUCCAAGAAUCACUCAAGGACGGACACUUGUUGUGUAAAUUGAUCAACAAGAUUAAACCAGGUUCCAUUCCAAAAAUCAACCAAUCUAAAUUACCAUUCAUGCAAAUGGAAAAUAUUGGUUACUUUUUGAAAGCUGCUGCUGAUUUGGGUCUCCAAAAGCAUGAUGCUUUCAUGACUGUUGACUUGUACGAAUCAAAGAAUAUUCCACAAGUUAUUCAAUCACUUUUCAUUUUCGGUUCAGUUGUCCAAAAAUUGCCAGGUUACAAUUUGCCACGUUUAGGAUUAAAGUUGGCCGAUAAGAGAGAAAUUGAAUUCACUGAAGAACAAUUGAGAAAGGCCAAUGCUGAAGUUGGUCAACAAUAUAUGGCAAGUAUUAAGCACGAUACUGGUCGUUCAAUUUCCAGAGAAGUUGUCAAGACUCGUGAUACUGGUGAUGCUUCAGUUACUUCUCAAUUGAGUACUGCUUCCAUUAAACAUGACACUGGUCGUUCAAUUUCUAGAGAAGUUGUCAAGACUAGCUCUACAGGUGACAAGCGUUUCACUUCUCAACAAAAUGAAAAGUCAAUCUCACACGGUCAAGAUAGAUCUAUCAGUAAUGAAGUUGUCAAGAUUCAACCAUCUUCAUCCAAGAGUCCAACAACCUCCUCUGGAUCAAUGGAUGGUUUGGAAGAAUUGGAAAAAUUGGCCUCAUUGAGAGAUAAGGGAAUUUUGACUGAAGAAGAAUUCCAACAAAAGAAGAGACAAAUUCUCGGAUUGUAAAUCUCAUAUAAUCAAAGUACAAGUGAAUAGAAGAUUAUAUUCUUUUCUCAAAUAUAUUAAAUAUUAUAAAAUAGUUAAUUCAAUAUU